AUGGAGACGAUUCAGCUAAAAUCGCGUGAUGGUAAAACGUUCACCGUCCAACGAACCAUUCUCGCCCGUUCGACUGUUUUGCAGAAGAAGCUGGAUGAGUUGGAAAGUUCCAAAGCGAACGGCGACAUUUUGGAUGUUCCUGAAGCCGAUGGGGAGAGUUUGAGCAAGCUUGUUCAGUGGAUGAAUCGUCAAGCGAGUUCGUCGCAAGAAGGGACCGAAAAUGGCACUGCAUCCCAAUCGAUGAUUCCCAACAACCAGGAGCAGGAACAACCUGGUGGUGGCCACAAGAAUGCGAAGGAGAACGGUGGCGGUGCCGCCUUCGAUAAGGAAUGGUUCAGCAGCAUUCCACAGCUUUGUGUGCUGAUUGCUGUGGCCCAUCGAUUGCGGCUGGUCGAUUUUGUGGAUGCCGCUGUUAGCUUUGUGAUCGAAUGGAGGGAAGGCAAACAUUUGGAAGACAUCCGCGAGAUGAUGGAGAAUCAGUUCACUAGUGUGUGCGGACCGAAUCAAGCUGCUGACGGAACCGGGACGGAGCGUUGA